AUGUAUUGCUUUCAGCUCAUUUUCCUGGCCCUGUGCUCUUUGAUGAUUGCUUCCUUUCAACUUGAUGUUCGAAAAAUUGGUGAGCUCGGUAUCCUCUCCCGAGACUUUAGUCAAAAGCCUUUCUGGCAGUCUUCUGAAGAAAUUCAAGAUCGACUUAGCUCUGAAGGGCAGUUUCAUAUGAGUGAUUCUGUAGUUGACACCUCUCUUGAGGAAGAAAUUGAGACCUUAGAGGAGAAAAAUAGCAAAAGACAAAGUUCUUCUUCUGGACCAAUGAAGUUAAAGUUACAGCACAAUGAUAGUGAAAUUAUUGUAAGGCAGAAAGCUCUCCGCCGAUGGCCACCUCCGCACUGCAAAGGAUCAUACCCUGCUUAUCCUCCCAAAGUGAAGAAUAUUGAGUACGAAAAGAGCACCGAGAGUUCUCGCAGAAGACUUUUAUCUGAAGCUCCAACAGAGUUGCUUUUGGAUAAAAAUCCCCCAGAUGUGAAGUUUCAAGCAGAAAUUUAUAACUACAUAAGAAAUUUCAUGGCAUCUCCCACUCCUUGCUCUUACAGAAAUUGUCCAGAAAUCAUUGAUGACUCGGGAGAAGGAAAAUUGCCCAUAUACCCGUGGCCUUGCAUCUUCAGAACCCGCAACGAACAAUGCUCCUUCAAGGAGGAAGGAAAAUAUAAGUUGCCACCAGCUUUGGAAAAAGAUUCUCUAGGAAGUUGUGCAUUCAUCGGUACUGGUGAUCAGCUUCUUCAGGCCAAGUUUGGUGACGAAAUAGAUGCUCAUGAUACUGUUAUUCGUUAUAAUACUCCAAUUAAAGGUUAUGAGAAGAAUGUUGGGACAAAAACUACUUUGAUGUUUGUGAAAGGACACUACAAGACUUCUGCUAAGCCAAAACUCGGCUAUUUUGACGCUAAGGUACCUCUUCCCAAAGGAUCGAACGUGUAUGCUAUCGACACUGACGUUGGUAUGCGACCAAUGAGAACGUUAAGGAACGAACUUGUGAACAUUUGGCUGAAAAGAAACAAAAUUAAGGAUGGCAAACCUGCGGCUGGACUCAUGAGGACUCAGAUGCUUAUAAAAUCCGGUUUAUGUACCUCGGUGGAUCUCUAUGGAUUUUCGACGAAGGGGAGCGUUCGAAGUGGGAAGUACUUUGAUAAAAAAGCUAUCGUAACAAAGGGUCAUACGAUUGAUUGGGACGGCUGGAUCUUGUCAGCUAUGAUGGACUUAGGUUACAUUUGUGUGUAUGGUUCCUAG